AGUGUAUCUUCUAAUCUGAAAAAAACCUUCCAUGAAAUCUGAGAGACAAGUAACGACACCCGUCUUCCCGAAAGACUGAAAUGGGGGCUGUCAUUUCGAGGACCCCACGGUUAUGAGCGUCACCCAGGUCCAGAAUGCCUCCUGCUAUGGCGGACGUCCUUGACAUCUGGGCCGUGGACUCGCAGAUCGCGUCCGAUGGCUCCAUCCCCGUGGAUUUCCUCUUGCCCACUGGGAUCUACAUUCAGAUGGAGGUGCCUCGGGAAGCGACCAUUUCUUACAUUAAGCAGAUGUUAUGGAAGCAAGUUCACAAUUACCCCAUGUUUAACCUCCUUAUGGAAGUGGACUCCUACAUGUUCGCGUGUGUGAACCAGACCGCCGUGUAUGAGGAGCUCGAAGAUGAAACACGGAGACUCUGCGACGUCAGGCCUUUCCUGCCGGUCCUCAAAUUAGUGACAAGAAGCUGCGACCCAGGGGAAAAACUAGAUUCAAAAAUCGGAGUUCUCAUAGGAAAAGGUCUGCAUGAAUUUGAUGCCUUGAAGGAUCCAGAAGUGAAUGAAUUUCGAAGGAAAAUGCGCAAAUUCAGCGAGGAAAAGAUUCAGUCGCUGGUUGGAUUGUCUUGGAUGGACUGGCUGAAGCAGACAUACCCACCCGAGCAUGAGCCGUCUGUCCUUGAAAACUUAGAAGAUAAACUUUAUGGAGGGAAGCUCAUCGUGGCUGUUCAUUUUGAAAAUAGUCAGGAUGUGUUUAGCUUUCAAGUAUCUCCUAACAUGAGCCCUAUCAAAGUAAAUGAGCUCGCGAUCCAGAAACGCUUGACUAUUCACGGGAAGGAGGACGAGGCGAGCCCCUGUGACUAUGUGCUGCAGGUCAGUGGGAGAGUGGAGUACGUGUUCGGCGAUCACCCGCUGAUCCAGUUCCAGUACGUCCGGAACUGCGUAAUGAGCAGGACGCUGCCCCAUUUCAUUCUUGUGGAGUGCUGUAAGAUUAAGAAGAUGUACGAGCAGGAGAUGUUGGCCAUAGAAGGUGCCAUACAGCGGAGCUCGUCCACCCCUCCUCUCCCCUUGCCGCCAAAGAAAACGCGAAUUAUUUCUCACAUCUGGGAGAAUAACAACCCUUUCCAAAUCGUUCUGGUUAAGGGCAAUAAACUGAACACAGAAGAAACUGUAAAGGUUCAUGUCAGAGCUGGUCUUUUUCACGGUACUGAGCUCUUGUGUAAAACCAUCGUGAGCUCAGAGAUAUCAGGAAAGAACGACCACGUUUGGAACGAGCCGCUGGAGUUCGAUAUUAACAUAUGUGACUUGCCGAGGAUGGCACGGUUAUGUUUCGCUGUUUACGCGGUUUUGGAUAAAGUGAAGACGAAGAAAUCAACUAAAACUAUUAAUCCCUCUAAAUACCAGACCAUCAGGAAAGCUGGAAAAGUGCAUUAUCCCGUAGCGUGGGUGAACACCAUGGUUUUCGACUUCAAAGGACAGCUGAGAUCUGGAGACGUAAUACUGCAUAGCUGGUCUUCAUUUCCUGAUGAACUUGAAGAAAUGUUGAAUCCAAUGGGAACCGUUCAAACAAAUCCAUAUACUGAAAACGCAACAGCUUUGCAUAUCAAGUUUCCAGAGAAUAAAAAACAGCCUUAUUACUAUCCUCCCUUUGAUAAGAUUAUUGAGAAGGCAGCUGAGAUCGCAAGCAGUGAUAGUGCUAAUGUAUCAAGUCGGGGUGGAAAAAAGUUUCUUGCUGUCCUGAAGGAGAUCUUGGACAGGGACCCCCUGUCUCAGCUGUGUGAGAAUGAGAUGGAUCUUAUCUGGACUCUGCGACAGGACUGCAGAGAGAACUUCCCACAGUCACUGCCCAAGCUGCUGCUGUCGAUCAAGUGGAAUAAGCUUGAGGACGUUGCUCAGCUCCAAGCACUGCUUCAGAUUUGGCCCAAACUGCCCCCGCGGGAGGCCCUGGAGCUUCUGGACUUCAACUACCCAGACCAGUACGUGCGGGAAUAUGCCGUGGAGUGCCUGCAACAGAUGAGUGAUGAAGAACUCUCGCAGUACCUUUUACAACUGGUGCAAGUGUUAAAAUACGAGCCUUUCCUUGAUUGUGCCCUGUCUAGAUUCCUGCUAGAAAGGGCACUUGCUAAUCGGAGGAUAGGACAGUUUCUGUUUUGGCAUCUUAGGUCCGAAGUGCACAUUCCCGCCGUCUCAGUGCAGUUCGGCGUCAUCCUGGAAGCUUAUUGCCGGGGAAGCGUAGGUCACAUGAAAGUGCUUUCCAAACAGGUUGAAGCACUCAAUAAAUUAAAAACUUUAAAUAGUUUAAUCAAACUGAAUGCAAUGAAGCUAAACAGAGCCAAAGGGAAGGAAGCCAUGCACACCUGUUUAAAACAGAAUGCUUACCGGGAAGCUCUCUCUGACCUGCAGUCACCCCUGAACCCGUGUGUUAUCCUCUCAGAGCUCUAUGUUGAAAAAUGCAAAUACAUGGAUUCUAAAAUGAAGCCUUUGUGGCUGGUGUAUAACAACAAAGUAUUUGGUGAGGACUCAGUUGGAGUUAUUUUUAAAAAUGGUGAUGAUUUACGACAGGAUAUGCUGACCCUCCAGAUGCUGCGACUGAUGGAUUUACUCUGGAAGGAAGCGGGACUGGAUCUUCGGAUGCUGCCCUACGGCUGCCUCGCCACAGGAGACCGCUCCGGCCUCAUCGAAGUCGUGAGCACCUCCGAGACCAUCGCUGACAUUCAGCUGAACAGCAGCAAUGUGGCCGCCGCCGCCGCCUUCAACAAGGACGCCCUUCUCAACUGGCUGAAAGAGUACAACUCUGGGGAUGACCUGGACCGAGCCAUUGAAGAAUUUACCCUGUCUUGUGCUGGCUACUGUGUAGCUUCUUACGUCCUUGGGAUUGGUGACAGACAUAGUGACAAUAUUAUGGUCAAAAAAACUGGCCAGCUCUUCCACAUUGAUUUUGGACAUAUUCUCGGAAAUUUCAAAUCUAAAUUUGGUAUUAAAAGGGAGCGAGUGCCUUUUAUCCUUACCUAUGACUUCAUUCAUGUCAUUCAACAAGGAAAAACGGGGAACACGGAAAAGUUUGGCCGGUUCCGCCAGUGCUGUGAGGACGCGUACCUGGUCUUGCGCCGCCACGGGAACCUCUUCAUUACCCUGUUCGCCCUGAUGCUGACCGCCGGCCUGCCCGAGCUCACGUCCGUCAAGGAUAUUCAGUAUCUUAAGGAUUCUCUUGCCUUAGGGAAGAGUGAAGAAGAAGCACUCAAACAAUUUAAGCAAAAGUUCGACGAGGCGCUCAGGGAAAGCUGGACGACUAAGGUGAACUGGAUGGCCCACACGGUGCGGAAAGACUACAGAUCCUAACGGCAGCCUCUGCGCCGAGCGUGGUCGUCGGUUUCGUUCGGUUCCAUUUUGCACUUGCACUAAAUUGAACAUAACCCUGCCAGAGAUGUUAAAAGGGAAUGGAAUCCUGGCACUCAGAUUCAGUGAAGAACAAGACACCCCACAGCACCUGAUCUGAACCCCCUCCUGCUUUAUGAAUGAUUCCAAGACUCAUGAAGACUGUCACCAUUUCGGAUAAUCAUUUCCGGCUGACUUUGCACGCCAAGGAAUGCUACUGGGGACCUCUUUACUUUUCUUUCUAAAGUGUUUGGUACUUUCCCAGAGAGAUGUAAAUACUUCUUUUCAGUGUUGUGACCAAGUGUUACUCAGUCAGCAACUUCCCGGCUCAUGGGAGCCGGAAGCUAUUCUUACUUUCCAAAUAAGGCUUAACAGAAAGGUAUUUUUCUUCCUUUUUAAACUGUGUGAACUACGGAUUAUAAUUUGAGCUUAUAAUUAUUUUUGAAAAGAAAUCUUUUAAACCUGUGGAAACUCAUUAAUUCUCUCGUUAAUAUUUAUCUACCAUGAGAGAUCAUCCCAGCCAGACUUGCUGAAAAUAUACCUGGUAAGGCAAAUAUAAUAUAUAUAAAUAUGCUGCAUCUAUAUUUAUAAAAUUUCUAGUGGGAGUCUGUAUAAAAAGAUGUUUCUUUGGUAUUCGUCAUCCUGUGUUUUAAAGUUUCACAAAAGCAGAGCUUUUUCCUAAGUUACUUUUCAGUUAGUUAACCGUGUCAUCCAGUUCUUCCAACUGCUUCUGUAACGAGGCACGUCUUAAUAUCAUUUUUAUAUAUUAUCUAUGAAAGAGUUCAUUUCAUAGAGCAUAAUACUUGAGCAAAUAUAUCCAAGAAAUGCAAGCAAUGAAAAGAAACCUAUUUAUGGGAUAAACUCCAGACCUGAAAUUCAGUAUUUUAGUAAAAUGCCAGCUGUUCUUACUGUAUUUAUUAAAACUUGUAAUAAUGUGAUUUUUUUUUUUCAAGGAAAUUAGUUCAAAUUGAAAUGAUUCAUGCCACACGGAAGUCUUUAAUUUAUUUGCUGAGGUACCAUGUAGGUAGGGUGCUAGGUGGCAGAUAAGGUUACUAUGUGCAAUAGGAACUACUGGGUUGAAUGUGCGAGUGGAUGCUUCUUCUGAGUGCUGGCGACAUCCAGCGGAACUACUGUUAAUUCUCCAAAGAACAUUGAGAGCUCAGUCCUCAAUGGCGUGGGAGAGAGGACUGAGCAUUUACCCUGUGACUGAGUUUUCUAUAGGAAUUUUAUUGAAGAUUGUUUAAUUUUGUUUUCCUCCUUAAUGUUCUCAGUCAGUCAAAUAAAUGGGUAACUGCUUUCGGCCGUUC